AUGGUUGUCUUGAACGGGUUCAAUACAGAUUCGAUCGGUCCGUUUGCGGAAUCGGCCAAAAUCAACCCACAAGUGACUUUCAAAGUCGCAACGAAAUGGACCGGCCAGGCCAAAUCUACCUCUCAUGUCUCCGGUCACAACAUCUUCGGAAAAGAUCGCAAGCGGGACUUCGAUAUUUUGGCGGAUGAGCCACUCGAGCUGCUUGGGGAAAACACCGCGCCCAACCCCCAAGAUCUACUCAUGGCGGGUCUCAAUUCAUGUAUGGUCGUCGGAUACGCCGUGAAUGCAGCGGCCAUGGGGAUCAAACUCGAAAACCUGGAAAUUGUCUGUCAAGGAGAUCUCAACCUGCGUGGCUUCCUCGCUCUCGAUGGAACAACCAAGGCGGGAUACAAUGAAGUAGAGUAUACGGUACGGAUCAAGGCAGACGCGCCGAGCGAGAAGCUCGAAGAGCUCCAUUUGCACGUACAGAAGACUUCUCCCAACUUCUCGAAUUUCGCAACUCCCAUCAAGUUGGUACCAAAGCUUGUUGUGGAAUCUGGGGGGUCAAGACUAUGA